AAAUAGGCUAUUUGACUAAUUUUGCAAAAUCAUUUUAAAUUAUUCUUUUAUAUAUAAUGAGCACACUACAUGAAUAUAUAAUUUAAAGUUUGAAUUUUUAGAACCGCGCCAAAAACGCUAUUCCUGUGAUGGCGCCGGCAGAUGACGUCUGUGACGUCACACGCCAGUAAACACGAUCACGAGCUGUCAGCCGAAGUUAAUUUCAUGAUUGUGCUUGAUUUUGCUAUAAAAUCAUAGAUAAAAUGGUCUAUAAAUGGUGUGUAGUGCCAAAAUGCACGAAUACGUGUAUAAAUAGUCCACAAACAUUGUUUGUUUCUGUUCCAACCGAUUGUAAAAGACGAAAAAAGUGGUUACUAUUAGCUCGGAGAGACCCAAAGGGCAUUUCAUCGACUUCAAAUGUAUUUAUGUGUGAAGAUCACUUCGAUAUGGAAAAAGACACCAUUAACUACAUGCAGUACAAAAUGGGUUUCAGCAAGAAGAUACUUUUGACAGAAGAUGCUGUGCCAACAAAAUUUCAUUGUCAAGAAGAUCGUAAAAGACCACUGUCUGAUGCUGGACUUUCUCGAGGAGCAUAUGUCAAGAGGAAAAGAAUGGAUUUGGUCAACACAUGUUUGCAAAGUCAAAAUGCUACUGAAGCCCAAGCUGAAAGCUUACAAAAAGAUGAGAGUUUGAUACAAGACAUUAUUGAACCUCAAGGUAUGUAAUCUAUUACAUGUGUCCUAUCAUAAAUUAUAGUCUAAGAGCUGAUAGACAUUUUUGUAA